AUGAACAUAGAUAUGCUUAGUAUCUCAGCUCUCCUGUGGCACAUUCAAUCCUGCAAACCAUUUGAAUACCAUCUCCUCUUUAUCAUUGUUCUCAGUCUCAUAGAUCUAGGAUCAGGCCAAUUUCAGGUGAUUGGCCCAGAUGAUCCUAUUAAGGCACCGGUGGGAGAAGAUGUCAUUUUCUCCUGUCAUAUCUUACCUAAGAUCAAUAUAAAGGAAAUGGAGGUGAGUUUCUUCAGGAACCAAUUAUCUUCUGUGCUACUUCUAAUCAAGAAUGGGAAAGAAAUGCCAAAGAAGCAAAUGCAGGAGUAUCGAGGGAGAACCCAGCUUGUGCAAGUCGCCAUUGCUGAAGGGAGAAUAUCCAUAAAAUUGAAGAAUACAUCCAUUUCAGAUUCAGGGGUAUAUGGAUGCCAGUUCACCUCCCAAAGUUUUGACCAGAAGCAUACUUGGGAGCUACAGGUAGCAGCUCUUGGGUUAUCCCCUCUCAUCUCCCUUGAGAGACACAGAGAUAGAGGCAUUUUGCUGAUAUGUCGAUCAGCUGGCUGGUUCCCCAAGCCUGAGGUACAGUGGAAAAAUCAUCAGGGAAAGUCUUUGUCAUCAGACUUCAAGGUGAACACUGGGAACGAUGGUCUAUUUGACAUAGAAACCUCUCUCAUUAUACAAGAACCUCCCACUGGGGAUAUCUCGUGUUCCAUAUGCAUCUGGGGCCUCAGACAGGAGUCCAGAGUGAAAGUAGCUGAUCAGUUUUUCCAGCCUUCUGCUUGGAGAUAUGCUUUCAUUAUUAUGAUGACUAUCUUUUUGAUUCUUGUUGCUUCUGGCCUUUUUCUCCACAGACAUCAAGGGAAACUUAAAGAAGAGCUGGUGGAGGUGACUCUGGACCCAGAAACUGCUCACUCUGUACUUCAAGUAUCUCUAGACUGUAAAAAAGUGACCUAUGAAGACACUAUGGUUCUUCAUGCAUCUAACACUGAGAAGAGAUUUCAGUCUCCAAGUGUAGUGGCUUUACAAGGUUUCUCCUUGGGUGAAUUUUAUUGGGAAGUAGAGGUUGGGGAGAAAAAUCGAUGGUUCUUGGGGGUGUGUUGGGAUGAAGUGGACAGGGUAAAAAAAGACCCUGAACUCUUUCCUGCCAAUGGCUACUGGGUGUUGGGGCGAUGGAACCAAAAGGAGCAUUUUACAUUCUCCCCUGCUCGACAAACUCUCACUCUUCAGGUGCAGCCAAAGAGGGUGGGGAUUUUCCUGAACUGUAAAUAUAAGCAAGUCUCCUUCUACAAUGUGACUGACAAAUCACACAUCUAUACAUUCACUAACUGUGAUUUUGAUAGGAAAAUCCUCCGCCCAUUUUUCAGGCCUCGUUCUAAUGACACUAAUGAAAAUGUACCUCCCUUGAUAAUCUGUACCAAGUUACAUAAACCGUAG